AUGGCUGACAAUCUGAUUCAAAAGUCACAUAAAACUAGCGAAAAAAACAAGUAUAACAACGUUGUUCAUCGUACUACGAGUGAAUCUCUUCGACUAAAUGAGUCUGAGAAGGGAGUGACUCACCCGACGAGUCUUCAAUCCGCCCAUAACCCAAGGAAAAUAUCUUCCUUUCAGAUUACGAGUGUGACUGUUGGGUCUCGGGUGAGCACUGAUGCAGGGGAGGACUCCGCGGACGAUCUAGACGAAUCUCACACCGAUGACAUCUCAAGGGUGACCGACAUAGAGAAUGAAACGCCGAGCUACUCUGAAGACACCUUUUCGAAAGACGACGUUUUCUACAACGCGUCAAGUGCAUCGCUAGGUUGUGCGCCCGUCAUUCCGACCAGUUCGCAGUACGGACUCGCGAUCGUCGGUCAGGACGCUAACACCAAUCAAGUAGGAGGAGCUGUGCCAAAUAGUAAUAACACGGAAGUGAAUGACAUGCACGUCAGUGUCACGAACGCCGGAACAGGCAGCAUCAUCAAUCUUAUAGGCAAUUCGAAGCCUCAAGAAGGCAUGAAGGAGAUCCAAGAACAUGUCAGGAACGAGAGGUUUAAAGUUGUUAAAAUUGAAAGUACUGAACCCUUCCGCCGCGGCAGAUGGAUGUGCAUGGACUAUUUAGAUCACACUACUACACAACAAAACGCCCCAAUCACUUUGAACAAUAAUUUGGAUGUCACAGAAACUAAUGCUCUGCAAGCGCCCGACAGUGGAGUUGUUAUAAAUGAUAGUCAACAUGAUGAUAUGUGUAAUGAUUUGGCAAAUAAAGUGCCCAAUGAUCAAGUGAGUGCUCCUAUUCAACAAAUGGAUCAAUGUGUGCAGAAACAAUUUCCGAUGGCUUCUCCUGGCCAAUCACUUACUCAACCCAUUAAUAUGGCCCAGCAACCGAUGCCUGUCACUCAGUCAGUUUCUGUACAGUCUCCACCAUUAGAGAUGCCACAACAAAUGAUUAAUCAGAAUAUGCAAUCAAGCCAACAAGUGGCUCAACAACAUCCUCAAAGUAUGACACAUAUCACUAUGCAGAAUGCACCACAAAGCCAUCAACAGCCUACUCAACAGCAGCAGGUUCAACAGAUUCCACAAAGUUUUCCACAGCAUCAACUGCAGCAAGUUAUUGCACAGUCCCAAAGUAUGGCAAUGCAACAAAUACCUAUGCACCAACAAAUGCCGCAGCAAAUGCAGCAAAUUCCUAAUCAACAAAUGCAACAAAUGGGUCAACAUUUGCCUCAAGCUCAGAUAACUAAUAUGCAAAUUCAGCAACAGAUACCACAAAUGCAAGGUCUGUCUAAUCAGGGGCAACUCUCUCAAAUUCCGGGCCAGCAGCCACAAAUACAACAAAUGCAGAUGCAACCUAUGCAGGGACAACCAAAUCCACAACAAAUUCAUCAAAUGCAACAAGCCCAGAUGCCUAAUAUGGGUCAGGGACACCAUCUUCAAGGUCAACAAGCCAUGGGACCUCAGCAAGCUCAGCUGCAGCACUUGUCUAGUCAGGCACAAAUUCAAGCACUGCAGAAUCAACAGAUGCCAAACCAUAUACAGCAAAUGCAACUACCAACCCAGCUAGCUGCAACUAAUCAACAAAUAUCACAAAUGCAAACCCAAAUGCAUCAACUUCCAUCACAGCCCCAACAAUCUGUGGUACCAGGAAUGCAUCCACAAAUGCAGCAGCAAGGAAUGGCUGUACCGCAACCACAAUACAACCAAGCGGUCAACCAGCAGAGUAAUGCCCAGUCAAUGAUUAGUGGCAGUCUUCCAUCAUCACAGCAACCUAUGGUUCAAACACAACACAAUGUUCCUCAAUACCAUACACAACAAUCUCAGAUGUCACAGCAGGGCCAGACAUUGCCACAAGAGGUGCUGACUAGUAUUGUAACAUCACAGCAAGGUGCAACUCUUCCUUCUAAUUUGCAACCGAUGGCCUCGCAGCCACAAGGAUCGACCUUACCAGCUAAUCUCCAAAGUCUAACUGGGCAACAGCAGGCUCCCGUUCACACUAUGGCCCCGCAGCAGACUAAUGUACCACAAGGAAAUAUACAGAUUAUGAGCGCUGCACCACAGAAUAUGCAGAUGACUUUAGAUGGAAAUCAGGCAGGCAUGCAGAUGCCGGCCUCCGAUCCAAUUUAUAUGCAACCACCCAAUGUCGGACAACAGAUGCCAACACAUAUGACCCAACCGCAAACCAUGCUGCAGCAACAGGUCAGCGGCCAGCAUACAACACAGAUGGGUGGUGUGCAAUAUGUUCCUAAUCAGACAGUGCCUCAAGUGUCCAUGGCACACCAGAACAUUCCGAUGUCUAUGCAGCAGAGCAUGCCGGUGGGAAUGGGCGGAGGAGUUCAUGCGAGUGUAGUGCAAUCUCAGACGAGCAUGGGUCUGGGUUAUGGGGGUGUGGUGCCAGUAAUGUCACAGACUAGCGUGGCGCCAGUCGAGGCGACCGUUUCGGGGACUAACUCGCCGAUAGUGUCGAUGCCAGUGAGUUCCACCGCGUACGUGUCUAACGCUCCCCAGCCGGGACAUGACAGUCAGGGUUUCGGCAGCCCAGUGAGUGCGGUGGUGUCUCACGCCAUUAGUGGCUCGGUUGUGAGCAAUGUGAAUGUGAAUUGUGAUAGCAGUGCACCAGAAACAGUUCCGGACGGAAUGCAGGCUGGCGACACCGGGGACGGUAAAGAGGACCAGCAACCAGCUGUGCAACCGGAUGAUGAAAGCAUCAACGGGCUGGCGCUGGCGCUGGGAGGCAGCGGCACCGGCAGCCCUUCAGCACCGGCUGAAGCACGCGAUUCAACAACGACUUCCCGCGCCCCCUCACCACCGCCUUCCGAGAGGCAACAUCAUACAAGGUAG